GGUAAGCAGGGAAAUAUUUCUGUAGAACAGUUUGUUUCACGGAUGGGAGCUAGAUAUAGUCACGAGGUAUUGGAAAAUCAACAGCUUAUAAAAAAGGGUUUACCUGUCAAUUCGUAUUUAUAUAAAGUUCCCAAACCCGGUGAACGAUUUAGUUACAUUGUAGUGAUAUCUGAAGAGAUUUAUGAUAAUUGCGGAAAAAAAAUAUCACAGAAAAAAGGAGACUGUAUGGAAUAUCCAGAUGUGGUAAAAAGGUUUAACAAGAAAAUAAAUAUUGAUUAUUAUACCAAGAGUUUAUUUGUCCUCUGUGCCCGUUUUAUAAAUUAUGAUGAUAAAUACCAACCAUCACCCAGAUCUCUGGCAAAAGCCUUGGAUCGUAAAAAGAAAUCAAAAGAGAAGAAAUCGAAAAAUGUUAAGGAUUUAGAUGAAGAUGAAAUAGCAAAUAUCAAAGAUAUGGAAUCGCAGAAAUUGGCUAAAAAUUAUAUUAAAGAUUUGCGAGAUGGUCCUAAAAAAGAAGAAGUUAUUAUAUCCCAUUUAUGGAAAGAUGUUACUACUCACGCUGAAAAAAUAUGUUCUGGUAUUAGUGAAGCUGACAUGACUAGGCCUUCAGGCAUCUCUAUGAGAUAUAAUGAUUACCUUAGUGCAUUAGAUAAGAUUGCGGGUUCUACUCGUUCGAAAUUAUCAAAUUUACUUUCAAAAUUGUCUAAGCUUGAUGUGGAUUAUAGAAAUGCGAUAUACGAAUUAAUUGUGCAGGCACAGAAAUACAAGCCUGAUAUUACGAUUUUGGAAGAAUAUAUAUUUCAAUUUAAUCUGAAAUCGGAGUGUGAGAUAUUAAUAGAUUUCCAGAAUACAUGGUACAGGGUAAUUGGCCUUAAGAUUGCACGUCUUCAAGCAUUAUCUAUUAUGCAGAACA